AUGGAUGACACAUUUAACAACAGCGGUGCGCUGAACAGAAGUUCACCUGGUGGAGACAAAUUCAGUUUUGAAGACAUCGAUGUGAGCGCGGACGGCACUCCCAUUUUAAGGAUACUCAUCUCCGUGGUGUACUCUGUAGUUUGUGCGGUUGGUUUGGUGGGAAAUCUACUCGUAUUUUUCCUAAUGAGGGUAAGACAGGGUCGAAAGAAGUCAACUAUCAAUUUUUUUAUCAUCAACUUGGCAGUGACUGACUUCCAGUUCGUGCUCACUCUGCCCUUCUGGGCUGUGGACACCGCGCUGGACUUCAGCUGGCCGUUUGGAGACGCCAUGUGCAAAAUCAUCCUCUCGGUCACCGUGAUGAACAUGUACGCCAGCGUGUUUUUCCUCACUGCCAUGAGUGUGACCCGCUACCUGUCUGUUGUCUCUGCCCUGAAGAAAAAAUCGUACAGGAGGUCACGGUGCGUUAAGUGGGUGUGCGCAGUGCUUUGGGUGGCAGCCACUUUGGCCACCGCUCCGACAACUAUCUUCUCCACCGUCACCGUGGUGGCUGGAGAAAAACUCUGCCUCCUGAAGUUUCCUGAGGGGUACGACUGGCUUGCCCUCUAUCACAUCCAGAAAAUACUGAUAGCCUUCAUAAUCCCCAUGCUUAUAGUCUCUGUUAACUAUCUAAUGCUCCUGCGCUUUGUAAAACGGAGGAGCAUGGACAGCAGCAACCCGAAACGCAGCUCUAGGGUCACCAAAGCUGUUGCUAUAGUGGUUUUAUCUUUCUUUUUUUGCUGGAUGCCAAACCACGCAAUCACUUUCUGGGGUGUCUUGGUCAAAUUUAACGCAGUCGACUGGGACAAGUCAUAUUACAUGGUGCACACGUAUGUGUUCCCUGUCACCGUGUGCUUUGCGCACGCAAACAGCUGCUUAAACCCAGUGCUUUACUGUCUGAUGAGGCCAGAGAUCAGGAAGAUGCUCGGCGGGCUGUUUUGGAGAGUCCCCACUCCAACCACCAAAAGGUGCUGCGAGACGCGCUCUUUUGCGCAGGGAGAAGUGCCUCUCCAGGUGAUUAACAAUGGACAGUACACGCUGUCGAUCAUAGACCGUAAAGGCGUAUCCAGCUCCAAAAUCACAUACACCCGGUGAAUACAUUUGGUGAAAAAUAAACCAUACGCUGUUCAUUAUUUGCUCCUGUUUCCAUCUGUAGCAGUCCUGAGUCGUUGGUAAAGCUUUCGCU